AUGAAGUCCAUGAGUUCAUACACGCUGGUUUUAUUUCCGCCUCAGGUUGUCACGACGAUACCAUCGUCGAUAUUGCCGAAGUCAUUCCGAUUCGGUAAAGGAGAAGUGAAACCGACGUCAAUUCUGCUCACCGGCGACUACGACGCACCGUCGUCGUCGUCGUUGGCACCGAAACCGGACGGUCUUCAAGAGAAACGUCCUGGUCAAAUGCUGUGGUUACUUGGUCUCACUAGACUUCAGACACAGAUUCGAGUGGUGAAGGCGUUCCAGUCCGUUAACGACAGUUCACAUCCGAAUUCACUAACGACAUCGACAGCCGAUCGAUUACGAGCCAGCUAUCGACGUUUGAAGAUUGCUCGAGAGCUCGAACAGCAAAAGAGGUCUGGUAGCAUACGGGCCCGUGGACCGGUACAUAAUGCGCCACUCCCACAGAAGGAUUCAACCGGGAUGACGUCGUCGUGA